AUGUAUAACUGGAAUUUUCCGCUUCUAGUAUUACUUUGUGUUUUAAACACCAUAAAAGCAGACAUAAGUCUUGUUGAUGGAAGGGAAUAUUCUCGUGAACGCUCACUGCGUUCUUAUCAUCCGGAUAUUCGAUCGCUUGCUCAAAGAAACUUACCACUUCGAAAAGGGUCCCCGGAAAUACCAGUAAGAGAGAAAUAUCGAGACAUACCAAUACUGCAGGAGAACAGACGCGAAUCAAGAACAUACACUCGAACUGAUCAAUCUAGAAAUGAUAAUCAAGGUUUAAGUCGCUUUCAAACCAAUUAUUAUCGUCUUAGUUUUCGCCAGAGGCUAGCAGAAAAAACACAUUAUUCUAGACUGGUUAAGAACCGCGUAUUGUCUGCAGAACGAGUAGAUGAUGCCAAUGAACGCCGUACUCUUCGUAAUUCAAAUAAUUUGCGUACCAGAUCAGAUAUUAGACAAAUGCGCGAUAUCAAGGAACGUUUGCCAUCUUUGAACAGAUUUAACGAAAUUAGAAGGGAAAACACUCGAGAAGUUCGUUGUGAAUCGAGUAAUUCGAAAAAUAGAAUGAUAAGAUCUUUGGAAGAUCGUCAACAGGUUUCGAGGAUAAACAGAGAAAUUGAAAAAAGGGAUAGUUCCAGUCUGCUCCGCGAUUCUGUAGAUAAUAUUAGAAAAAUAAAUGGUCCUCAAUAUAGGGCUGGCAUAAAUAAAGAAAAUAGGCAAACUAUAAAUAAGGACACAAGAUCAGAUAAACAAAGAGACCGUGUAGCUCCUUCUGUUGAGUUAAGGCAAAUGAAAAGAGUCACACCAUCGAGGCAUGAUAUCCGUAAACCCCGAAGCAUUUCAAAUGACUACCAACGAGUGGAGACUAUUGCAGUAAGGCGCGAAGCAGAAAUCAAAAAUGAACAUUUAAAUAGAUAUGAGCUUCGCUUAAAUGAACGGUCUAUAAGCAGAGUGCGAGAUAUGUCUUCGCGAUCAUUUGAAAGAGUAAGUUUCGCUAAUACCGGGGCAUCAAGAGCAAUGUAUGCUAUGGAACGCGAUACUGAAGUGCGACAUUAUGAACGCAAUGUUCGCGAAAAUGAAAAUCAUCGUUCACUCGACGUAGGUCUCCUCAGAUCUUUAGAAAUAAUGAAUGUCCGAGAUAAUAGGGAAACAACUGUUAGGGAAAGAAAUCUUCAGAUGGCCCAAGACGCUCGUACACACGUACAAGUUAGACAACGCAUGAUAAAAACAAAUAUUGAUCUUGCAAAUUCGUAUUAUAGAGAUUCUAUUAAUAGAAACACUGUAGUAAGGCGAGAAGUACGAAAUACCCAUCCUAACGAACGUGAUGCUCGUCUUAAUAAUAACCAUCGUUUACCUUUGAGAGAAACUGAAAGGAACAUUUUCCGACACACCAGAGAAUCUGACAGGAUUAGAAACAGUAUGGACAGGAAUGUCCGAAUAAACGAACGUAACACUGACGUAAGACUUCGUUCAAUUAACAGACGAGAUAGAACAAGGUCUGCUGAAAGAUUCAGAGAAUCCACCGAAAUACUAAGAGAUAACACAGAGAGGCAUUAUCAGAGGAGUAGUGAUGACAGAACUUUUGAGCGUCGACAACAAAGGACCUACACUCACUCGAUGAGGCGCACCAGUUUUGAUAAGAGCCAAAUUCGAAGAUCUAACUCUAAAGGUGAAAGUGAUGAGGAUACUAGGAUGCGACAAAAUGUGAACAGAAACGUGGACAAGAGAUUAACAACCGAUAUUAGUGCUAAUGGAAGAAUCAGUCACUCAGUUAUUAGACGUCAGAUAAGGGAACCAAGGUUGACGCAGCAGUUGGGAAAAAACAAAAGAACACGCGAAUACGAACUGAACUUUGAUUAUUCAAGGAACACAUUGAGUAACAUGGUUAAUGAAGAAAACUCAUCAUUUACAUGGCAAGCCGCGUUUUACGCUCUUCAAGCUAUUUACAUUUGUAGUAUUGUUUUCAAGGUUUGGAACAGAACAGAUUCUACUAAGAGGAAAAUCUGGUAUUUCCAGUGGCUUCCUAUACCAGCAAACAAAAUUGAGUAA